UUUCUAAAUAAUGCAAAAAAGUUUUUUAAUUAGCAAAAAGGGGCACGAAAAAAUUUAUUUAGCAAGAUGGGGUACUUUUAGUGGGAUUCGCGAGUUUUGUUGCGUUUCCAUCUAUUAUUCUGAAAAAUGUCUGACUGCGUUGGGAGGUGCAGGGUGAUUGGGGAAAUCAUUGCUUUAUGAUGGUGGGAUUCGCAAGUUUUCUUGCGUUUUCCAUGUCAGGGUGGCAGGUUGCACGUUAUUGGAUUCGCAAGUUUUCUUGCGUUUUCCAUGUAGUUGGAAUGAUGGUCAAUGAUGGUGGCAGGGUGGCAGGGUGGCAGGUUGCACGUUAUUAGUGUCGCGACUUUACCUGCGAAUUCAAGUGCUUUUCAGGUGCUUUUCAGGUGGCAGUACUGACAUGGAGGGAAAGGAAUGGCUAAGAUUGAAUGCUCAAUUUUUUUUGCGAAUCCAGGAUAUACAAAAUGACAAAAUAAGCGAGAUUGACUGGAUUCUCAAUUAUUUUUGCGAAUUCAAAACACUAUAAGUUAACUCCUGAGCCUCAUAACUUUCUUCUACGAAAAAUACACUUCAAUAUUUUCAAAACUUCAAUCUCCUGCAUUUCAUAACGUUUCUGUAACGAAAAAAACCUUUGCAAUGGAUCAAGUUAUUACUUUUGUGUAUUACGAUGGCAGGGUUGUCCAUGGCGACCAAGGUGCCAUAUUCGAAGGUCGGAGAAGGUCCAUGCAUCUGAAGCGAAACAUUACCUUCGACCGUUUGAAGAAGAAAAUCCACAAAAGGUUGAAGCUGCAAAGGAACCAGAUGAUUUCUAGAGUCAGCUCUAGAUUUAUGACGACACCGAAUCCCAUUUUUUUUACGCAUUUUGAGAUAGUUGAUAAUGUUGAUGUUCAAGUCAUGAUGGAUGCAUUUAGUCAGCAGUCAUAUAUGGUUCAGCUGGAGCUGUAUGUUGAAGUUACUGAAGCUGGAAGUUCAUCAAUGUCAGUGCCGACGUAUCUGUCGUCUACUCAACCGAGACCCACUGAAGACGGUGGUAGACAUGUUGUUGAUGAGGAGCUUCUUGCAGAACCAUAUACUGUGCCUUUUAGCGUUAUGAGUAUUGAAGAGACCAAUAUCGUCGUUCCUUCGGAUGUCGCAGUUAAUUUGGGCGAUGAUUAUGACUACCGCCUUGACAAUGAUAAUGUGGACGGUGAAGUCAUUCCUUCAGACGAUGACCACAAUGAAGAUGAAAGAAUGCAAGAAGGAGGUGACGAGUCUGACACAGACGAUGAGGGAGACCGACACGCUAAUCCUCAGCCUCGGAUGGCACCUCAUCCUGCUGAUCAACCUGCGGCACCAGUGAACGUCAAUGUUGAAACUCAAGGUAUGUACAAUCAACAUAUCUCAUCAAGCGUUGUUUUUUAUAAAUAUAUGGUACUUGAUAUAUUUCUAUAAUUUUAUAGGCCACCCAAACACGGCCCCAUUCUGGAGUGCUUCUUCGCAUUAUACAUAUAUUAACUGGGAUCACCCAAAUGAAGAAACUGAUUUUUAUUCUGAAACGGAUGUGAAUGGAUCAUGGAAGCUAGGUGAUGACUUAUGUAAAGGGUUGAUUUUUGAAAACAAGCGUGCUGUACAGGAUGCCUUGUUACACUAUUGUUUUAGACUAAAUCAAACUUAUAAGAUGAGUGAAUCCAAGCCAGAGUACUUUACUGCAAAGUGUCAGAAAUCCGUAGAUGGCUGCCCGUGGAGGAUAAGGGCACAUCUAUCCAAGAAAAUUGGUAAAUGGAUCAUAUCCAAAUGGGGGGGUUCGCAUACGUGCUUAAAUGCGAUGACUUCUCAAGACCACAAGAAGAUGACGUCCACCUUCAUGUCCAACUACAUUCUUGGCAUGGUAAGUGCCCAACCAACUAUCCCUAUUUCCCUCAUACAAGAGAGGAUAAGUGGUCAACUCAAUUAUAUGGUGUCAUACUUUAAAGCUUGGAAGGCGAAGGAUAAGCGUCAACCAACGAACGGAAUACUUGUCGUACCAAAUCAUGUACUCAUCAUUUGGCCCAACAAGAGUAUUAGUCUCGGGUUGGUUAGCCAACCUCUGGUGCCUCUCCGACCACAGCUGUAUAAAACCACGCAUGUUAUGUACCCAAUCCUGCUUUUCCUUCCCUUUUAGAGAAAU